UGCAGAGACGCAAAUAGUCAGAUACCCUUUUAAAAGCCAUUCAGACCCACCAUCAUCAAUUACAUCGCCUUCUGGUGUCUUCAUAGGUAUCGUUGGUGCCUGGUGGUGGCGGUAGUGGUUUUCGCGUUAGAGAGAGAGAGAGAGAGAGAGAGAGAGAGAGCGAGCGAGCGAGCAAGUAAGAGAAUAUGCCGGGAGACAGGAGAAUAGGGGUGGCGAUGGACUUCUCACAGAGCAGCAAGAGGGCUCUGCAGUGGGCCAUCGAUAACCUGCUAGACAAGGGCGAUACGCUCCUUGUCAUACACGUCAAACACCACGGAGCCCAUGACGCUGCAAAACUUCUCUCCGCCAAUGGCGGUGUCCCUCUGAUUCCGUUGACGGAGUUUCGAGUUCCCGAGCUGAUGAAGAAAUACGACGUCGAAAUCGAUCCCGAAGUUUUAGAUAUACUUGACACCGCUUCCAGACAGAAGGAGGCAACCAUCGUUACCAAAUUGUAUUGGGGUGAUGCCAGGGAGAAGUUAUGCGAAGCAAUCGAAGAUCUGAAGCUGGACUCCUUGGUUAUGGGCAGCAGAGGACUUGGCACCAUCCAAAGGAUAUUAUUGGGGAGUGUGACCAACCAUGUGAUAACUCAUGCUAAUUGUCCGAUAACCGUUGUGAAAGAUCCGAGCUUCAACAAACACUGAUGGAGGAGGAUUCACAUCCACCGCCCACCGGAAGUCGCACCCAGAAUUUGAUUUCUAUCAUUUCACCCACUCUGCUUUGAUUUUUCGGUUGGUUGGGUCUGUGUUGUUGCUUUGUGAAAAUUGUGAUGUUUCGUUUCUCAAUCUUAAUGGACGCAUGCGGGCAGAAACAGCUAUGUGUUUGAUGCUUUAAUUUGGUUAGUAUUCAUGAAGGUCACGAUUGUUGUAUCAGGUUUAAGCUAUUAAAAUACCUAUCCCCUAGACCAAUAAUAAAAAUUCUUAGAUUGUGAAACUCAAAGAUUCGAGUCUCUCUCUUUGUUAUUUUAAAGAAUUAACGAGUGAAUUCGGAAACGUUGUGCGUUUAUUGAGAUAAGGACAAGUAAAUGCUUGAUGCC